AUAGAACAUAGUUACCAGUCACAGAUGAGCAGAACAUUUGAGAGGAGCUCAGAUACAUUUGCAAGAACUGGAAGACAAGCACAGGACAGCUAAAGCUGAAGAUGGCAAACACACCAGCCCUGUCUACUGCUAAAGGUGGGGAAGUAUAUGUAGGGAGUGAAUUCAGAGAUUCCUGCACAAUGUUGGAUGUUCUCCAUGCAAAUCAGUUUGAAGGAGAAAUUUUGGAUCCAGCACUCACAGGGAAGACAGAAGAGAAUUUCUACAGAGGGGCCCCACCUCAGUGGUUAAACUUCUACAUCAGUGAACAGGCAGAGUCCCUUGGGACUGCUUUUAUCAAAAGAGAUGGAUAUGAGAAACUUAGGGAACAAAUUCAGAAAAAGAGAAAAUUUCCAGGGAUAUCAACUGUAAAACUGACACACCAACCAGGAUGUGGGGGAAGUACAAUGGCCAUGCAGGUGAUGUGGGACUUGAAAAAAACCUUCAGGUGUGCUGUUUUAACUGGCUCCACCUCAGACAUGGCAAAAGUUGCAAAAGAGGUUGUCCAACUUUUCACAGCAGGCAGACGAAACAACCAGAACACUGUGCUGUUGUUAGUGGAUGAUGAGAAAAUCCUGGAAGAUCUCCAGAGCAGCAUUAUGAUGUCAGUUGCUGAGCAGAAGAUAGUUACUCAUAUGCCUGUAGUCAUUUUCCUCAGCUGUGUGAGAAACAAUGCACCUCAACAGAGUGACCACGUUGUCCUAAAGAACACACUCUCAGACAGUGAGAAGGAAAAAUUUGAUAAGAAAAAGGAAGAACUUCAAAAAAGGUACAAAGCUAAAUGUGAACAAUUUCAUGGCUUUAACAUAAUGCAAAGUAAUUUCUCUAAGGACUACGUCAGGAAGGCAUGUGCUGCAUUAGAAAGCAGAAAAAAAAACAAAUAAACCUCAGAAGACACAGCUUGCUGCCUUCCUAUCACUGCUGAACGCCUAUGUGCCAGGGUCAUAUCUCCUGGAGUCUCAGUGCCUGGACUUCCUCAGACAUGAAAACUACGAUGACCUUUCACUGGAGGAUCAAAUGAAACAAGAAACUUCGUGAACAAUUUUUGCAGAGAUCCGAUUCCUCUGUGGUUGCUUGGUUUUGUCAAAGACAUGUUAACCAAAAGAGAAAUCAAAAAAGAAGAGGACCAAGUCAACAGCACAGACAUUAAACAUGGAAUGUUUUCUGGACUAAUUCUAGACAUUGAAAAGAUGGAGGGGAAAGAGCAGUGUGCAACAGUUUUAAAGAUGGCCUCAAAUACAUUUGAUCAAAAUCCAAUUUUUUCACAAACUCUUGCUCGUUUUUAUUAUAUAGAACUAAAAGACUACAAUCAGGCAGAAAUGUGGGCACAGAGAACAAUAGAAAGAGAUCCUCAAAAUUCUUUUGUUGCUGACACACUUGGCCAAGUCCAUAAGAACCACCUAAAGAACAAUGAGGUUUCUGAACCAGUAGACAUUUUGAGACUGGCCCAAAAAGCCAUUAAAGCUUUUGAAGAUGAAGAAAAACUUGCUGAGGAUGAGGAUGGACCAGACAUGAAAAAACAUGGCAAUAUAAAAGUUUCACCUUUUUAUAACUUCAGAGGGCAGUUUGGUUACCUGCAGGUCUGCAAAACUCUGUAUUACAAACUUGUUCGUCAAAAUGAAACCUGGGAAGAAGUUCUCACCAAAACAGUAUCGCUGGGCUCUGUCCUCGAAUUACUUGGAGACAACAAACUCCAAAGAUUCAAUGAACUCCUAGUAAGCCUGCGAGAUGACAUUGAGAAAAAAAUGCAUGUUUUUGGAAAAAUUUCAGACUUACUCAAAGCCUAACACGGAGAAAGAUGGUCCUGAAUAUAUAUCUAAAGACACUUCAGAGUGCUACAAGACGUAUGUUGGAGACACAACUGCAAAACAACUCAUCCAGAUGUUUCAUGAGGGAAACCUAGAUGACAAGUCUGUGGAAGUACUGUCAUUUCUUGUCAAACAAUACACUCAAUCACAGCUCGAAGACAUAUCUACAAAGUGUAAAGAAAUGUGUCCAAAUGCGGAUUCAGAGACAGCUCUGGUCAACAACAUCCUGACAUCAUUUAAGCUUAAAAUGCCCCCGAGUGACACAGACCCACCUGAGCUGCACAUGUUCGCCCUCCUCUGGAACUGGCCUGAAAAUCAAGGCCAAUGUGAUUAUGACCUCAGUGAGUUAACUCAGAAAAUGUACAAGUCUUAUGAAAAUGCAUAUAAGAAGUACUUUCGAAACAGAUACCUCCUUCCUGUGUUUUUCAUUGGGAAAGGUGAAGGUCUGAAGAGAAUUGUUCACAGAGAUGUUAUUGAGAAACAUCUGAAAGUGAGACCAGAUUCGAGCGAUAACUGGAAGAAUGAAAAGAUCUUCAGAAAUCCUGGUGUUCAAGAGCUCCUUCUCAGACUUGAUGGAGAAGUAAGAAACUACAAAGUGUAUACAAGAGUUGGUGGCAAAGAGAUUGAGAUGGAUGCCAAUGUGAGAAACAAAAUUUGGAAACCACGCUCAGUUACCUUUUACCUUGGAUUUACCAUCAGAGGUCCUGUGGCCUUUGGCAUUCAGAGUAAAACUGCAGACACAGAUUAGAGUAGCGUGGAUCACUGUGGGACCACUCUGACCAAUGAUGUGAAAGAUACCAAAGACAAUAAGGGACAUUAAAGUUUGUUAAUCUUGUUCAAUAUCCCCAUGGGAAG